AUGUCGUUCUUGAAGCAGUUGCGCCGACGCUCCAAAGCAAGCUUCCACACUACUCCCGCCGAGUCGAAAACCCCCUCGCAUCAGGUGGAAGUGGUAUCCGGGAAAUCCUCCUCGACGAUUGACACUUCCUCCCAUGCUUCCAUUACUCCGCCCUCCUCGAUCAAACCGACUCUCUCAUCUCCUAAUCUCCCCUCUUUGACCGAAUCCAAUGACGACAGUACCAUUAGCACUUCGUUGCCGCCACCUACGCAACGGCCAGGACCUUUCGUGACCAAUUCACAGCGGAACAGCGUCGUGGGUAGCUCGUCAUCGUCGAUCAAUGGGGUAUACCGGUCGCUGACCACAGGCUCGCCUUACGCGCCAAGAAUAAUAUCCAUCGCUGAUAAUUCAUGGGUCCAUCAAAAAGUCCUACUUAUUUACGGCCAGAUCGGAGAUCCACGACAUCACCCAUUGGAUGGAAGUAUCACCGUCUACCAUCACCAAGAUAAUUUCCCGUCGAUUGGCUGGCCCGUCACGGCAUCCCAUUUCAAAACCCUCGUUCAUCUCGUGCCCGGUCCCAAUCGCCUGCGUUUCGAUUUUCUCUCCCCGAAGCUGUCAUCUGGAAGUACUCAGCCCGUGAUCCACUCGACCUGGAUUUGCAUCAACUAUCUUCCUCUUGUCAAUUCCCCGCCAUUGCAUCUGGUGGUACUACUCGGCAAGGAUUCGGACGGAACAUAUGACGCAGUGCCGGAGCGAGUCGAGCGCGAAGGAAAUGGCUUGGAAACGGCACUUCGAAAGUAUCGAACAGCGGCAUAUCUAUGGCAGGCAUUUACGGGAGAGCAAAUGUUCCGCAACAAUUUGGGCCGGCGCUGCUUCCGCUUUGAGGAGGAGUGGCAGUCGGGCACUCUCAGUCGACGAGAUUCGGCCAUUCGACAAAUGCGCAACGAGGCGAAGAUUCACGUCAUUCGCAGCGAUAAAACCGUAACGGAGUUGCGGGAUCUCAACAUCGCGCAACAGCAUGAUGGCGCCAAGAAGAAGGAUGAGUUGUUUAACAUCGCCAAGGAUGCCGUGCGCAAGCAUUUCAACCCCCAGCCUGGUCAAAAACAAUACGUCUCGGUUUUGCUACUGGAUUCUCACUGGGACACGCAAGCUCAGACUAUCACCGGUCACGCGGCUCUAGGAUCUGGAGAUGACGAUAUCAAGAUGGCUAUAUUCGGGUCCCACUGCCUUCAGAGUUACCCGUCCUGUUUGGAGGAGGUAGUUGAUGCAUUCUCAGACUGCACUCGGACGGAUACCAACUACGUGGCUAACGAUUGCGGUGAUGCUGGAUCGAACUGGGAAUCCGCGAACCUUGGUAUUGGGGCACACUUGCACGAAGUUGGACAUCUCUUUGGAUGCCCACAUCAAGAAUCUGGCGUCAUGCUCCGCGACUACGUUCGUCUGAACCGCUCUUUCUUAAUAAAAGAGCCUUUUUGCACUCGCACCAAGACACAGGGCAUGAAGGUCUGUCUACCAAACGACGAGUGUGGGUGGCAUCGCUUGGAUGCGCUCCGAUUCCGUUUCCAUCCGUGUUUCCGACUUCCCAGCGAUGCUUCGGUGAGCAAUGACGACAGCGUUCAGGUGUGGCCCGUGGAGAACGGGAAGAUUCUGUUUACAGCCUCGUCGGGAAUCGCAUUCGUGGAGCUGUACGCUGAGGGUGACAACGUCUGUCAUCAUUUUAUUGAAUACAUCAACAGCGAGUCCAGCGGCAACGGUUUGCCCAAGCAAGUGGCCAUCACCGAAACCGAGCUGAGGCAACAGGUGUUUGGAACUGAGAAGGAGAAGAAAAAGAAGAUCCGGAUGGUGGUCUUCUCCGGUAAUCUGGGAAGCUAUACCGUGGAGGAUGUCAGCGCUCUCAAGUCCAAGAACUCGUUGGUCAAGCUUCCCAAAGGCCAGUCUGGGUACAAGAGUGGCCAGCUUGGACGCUCCUCUAUGGAGGGUAGUGAGCCAGAGCAAGUGCUUUUGGAAUGUGCCUUUAUCAAGACGAAGCUUUUGACGUCUAUCAAGGUGUAUCAUGGCACUGCGGUGGAUGGUGUUGAGUUCUGCUACGAAGACAUGACCAGCCAACUCUUCGGCAAGCGUGGUGGGAAGCCCGGGGGUGAUGAGUUUGUACUCGAUACCCGCCGCGGUGAGAUAUUGCUUGGUUUCUACGUCCGAGCUGGACUCUGGAUUGAUGGAAUCGAGAUUCUCACCAGCCUAGGGAGGAAGUCUGGGGUCUAUGGAAAUGCCAAUGGCGGAUCAGGUCACACAUUGAUUCCGCCUCUUGGAUAUAAAAUUGCUGGAGUCGCAGGCUCGAGUGCAUCGUGGGUCGACGGGUUCUCUCUCAUCGUUCAACACUGA